AUGGGGUGCACCAGAAAUGUCUUGGAAUGGUACAAGAGGAAAACAGGCGUGAAAGUGGCCAACGGAGUGUAUAUUCGCGAAUCUUCAAGCGAUUUGAUCAGGGGGAAUGAAUUGCACGUUGACUUGAGUAAGAUGGAAGGGUUCUGGGAUGAAGAAUGUGUUGAAUUAAUUAGAAUACCACAAAAAUAUUUAUUCACUACUAAAUCUAUUAUGGAAAUUAUGGCAGAUAGUUCAGAGUACCCGGCAAAUGUAGACUGGAAUACCGUUAAUGAGGAAUUCAAAAGAUAUUUGAAGUUAUUCCUAAACAAUCCCAAUAUGUCGGAUCAAAUUAAUGAAACCAUUAUUCUAGUUGUUUGUCUCUUUGUUGUUGGUAAUUUAAGUAAUGUUUUUGAGGUACCAUCCAAAAUCACCUAUUAUUUAAAAGCCGUACUUCUAAAUGCACACGCAAACACUAUAGAGACAAGCAUUGAUCUGUUCAAAGAAUAUUACCCUGAAAUGGUACCUUCCUCAAUAGAGAAUGUUCUUGCCACUUGUGAUGAGAUGAGUGUUACAUUCACUGAAAGGUAUGGGCCUUCGAAGAUGACUAACGUUAGAGAAUUGAUAGCAGCCAUCCGUACUAGAUGCAUGGACAUCCCAGAAGAAAUCAGCCCUGAAAGUGAUGAUUUUAUUACAAAUGUCACUUUGGUACCACUGAUAGAUUUUGCCAAUCACAGCGCCUUCAAUAAUUCAUAUUUUGAUAUCGAUCGUGAAACGAAUGAUAUCUUGUUAAUGACGAGGACUACGAUCGUUCCAAAAGAUGCAAAAGAUUUUGAAGUUUUACUUGAUUAUGGAGAGGGGUCUCGUAUCUUCCAUUUUGCUGUAACACAUGGAUUUGUUCCAAGAUCGAUUCCGGAACCACAUAACGAAUUCUGGACUUUUCAUUUGGAAGAUGAAUUCUUAAGAAUGUUUAAAGUGGGUAAUAUCAAUCUUGAAUCAUUUUACAAGUUACUUGAUAUUAAGCCAAUAAUACAUGUAAUGAAUGUACGGAAUGAAAUGUCUGAGGAAGUGCUUAGACCAGAUCUUGAACACAUUCCUGGCUCAAUGGUACCAUACACUUUCAAACAAAACUGGAUGAUUAUUAAUGUGGAACAGGGAUUGAGUGAAUUGUUAACAGCAUUCAUGUGUGAUUCCAAGAAUAUUGAAGAUUCUGCGUGGGAAUAUACAGAGAAGUUGUCGGAUACACUAAGCUUAUCUGCCGAAGACCUCACCUUAAAAAGGUUGAAAUGUAAAUUAGACCUUGAUCAUGAACAUAUCUUACAUAAGUCUUAUGCUCUAGAGGUCUUAGCUGGUGAAUAUCACAGUGGUGAGAGGGUAAAACAUAUUUACUCAAGAUUCGAAGAAAUGUUCAAGAUGUAUUGUUAUUGGAGGAGUGAUAAGAUAAAGAAGGCUUUUGCAGCAGGUCUGAAACCCGAAGGGAACAAUAGACUCGUCCAUUCCAUUCUUGAGUAUGAAAAUAAUAUUCUCUCCAGUAAAAUAGCUUUGGAUUUACAAUAG